UUCACUUCUUUUUUUUUGAAAAAAAAUGUAUAUUAGUCAAGUUUAGAGAUACAGCAACACAUAUAAACACUUUUUAGGGAUGAUAUUUGAAGUUUUUUUAAAUUCCUUUUUUCAGGCUUAUUUGUCAUCCACCCAUUUAUUGUUAUUUAUAACUUUCUCAUAUCCUUACCUUUGUUAGUAGAAAUAAAUUAACAGCAUUUGGCAUUAAAACUGUGGUAUUUGUCUUGAUGAGGGGAUAUUUAUUAAUUGUUCAGAAAUGGUCAUACUUGGAAAUUUGAUUUAACUAAGCGUUAAAAGUAGUGACACAAAAAAGUAAGGAGAGAUCCACCUUAACAGAACUCAGGCCUUUACCUUAAGUGAAACUACAGGUAAAGGGCGUUACAUGUGUACCUAACGUAUCAAUUGCCCGAUAUAACAUAUCAACAGAGUCAGAGUUUGAACAUGUUUAUGGUUAUUUUUAUCCUUAGAUUCUCUUCAUGUUAGAUAUUUUAAUGUAGGCUAUGUGAUUUUACUUCAAAUUGUUUACCUUUAAUGUUAAUGUAAUGUUUAUCGUUUUUGUCACUUUGGAUAAAAGCAUCUGCUAAGAUCUAUAAAUAUGAACAUAAACAUGUAACAGCAAUGUAAGGUGUAUGAACAUCCACAAAAAUACUAUAUACAUAAUAAACACACAUAUUUAUGCUAGGAAUUAUGAUUACCUUGUUUGCAAUCAGACACAGAUGUCCAUAUAUGGAGAGGACUUCCUGUGCAGGAUAACCUUUAACCCCAGGUGUGCAUGAGACUGUGUGGCCUAUUCUCCCCCAUCAUACUGUAGCUUAUGCUACUCUUUGGUUACGCAUUACAAGGGCGCUCUGCAUGAGCCGGAGUGCUGUGGCCUAAUCUCCCCCAUUAUAGCAGUGGUUAUGCCAUAUAUGGAGAGGACUUCCUGUGCCGGAAUGCUGUGGCCUAAUCUCCCCCAUUAUAGCAGUGGUUAUGCCAAAGAGUAUCCCCCUGGUUCUUCCCCAUUAUAGCAGUGGUUAUGGCAAAGAGUAUCCCCCUGGUUAUGCAUUAGAAGGGCGCUCUGACCUUCGGUUCCACCACACCUCUCCGACUGUGAGAUUCCCGCUAUCAUCCUCUGGAGAGUUCAUGAAGCAUGGAAGUAGUGCUGCAUCGCCUAUCAAACAGCAGACACGGCCAAUCGGCCAUUUAACCAUUCCAGACUAAGCUCUACGCCAGACCCGUUGUGCUGAUGAGCCACUCAGCUAAGAGUCGCUCUGUGGAGAAGAGAGGGUUCACGAGAAUAAAAAGCAGAUUCAAUCAAGUAAAGGACUAAGUCUGUUUCAUUCGUUAAUGAGAGAUGGAUUAUUUGGUGUUCAUAUUCAUAUCCCAGUAGUAAAUGUCUUGUUUGGUAAAAUAGACUGAACAACUACGCAUGCUGAUUUUUAGGACAUUACAAAACUGAAGAAACUAUUUGUUUUAGAAGGCUCUCAAUUAGAAAUUUCAAUUUCAGAAAACAACUAAAUAUAGACUAAAUAUAGGCCACUACCAAAUUCCGACUGCCAAGUUACAAUGCCUUAUGGGAAAUAUAUCAAUACAGUAUGACAAUCAGAAAUAUUUUGCCCUGAAACUGAAUGACAUGCAUUUCAUUGUGAAGGGAUACAUUUUGAAAAGUUAAGAACUGGUCUCCACGUUAAGCUAUAAUGGAAAAGUUCUUCCUGUGAUGAACAAAAAUCUACUGUUGAAAUUUAACAGGUAUAAAAUGAAUGAGUCUUCACCACCCCUGUCUGUGGUGGACUACAACCAGCAAUAAGUCAACCCUGUGUGAGUAUAACUCAAGCACAGGAAGCGGUAAAAAAGGAUAUGGGUGUUAAUUAAUGUCCAUUCUCACAACAGACAAAAGAGUCCUACUCUAUGCAGGCUAAAGACAUCCCCGUAAGCUACACCAAUUAGACAUUUGCAUUGAGGGCCAUACAGGGUGAUUUGACAACAAUGAAAAAUGAAAAUUCAGUUUUAUUCUGGUGACAUUGAUGGAUAUGAUGGGCCAGUUGAUAGAAUCAUUAGCCUAUAUAAUAUAAAUAAACUAACCAAAGGGCCGGUUGAUAUCAUAAAUAAAGGUUGGACACAAAUUUGGCAAAAGCAUAAAGCUUUGUGAUGUUUAGCAUUUUUGCAUAGGCUAGUCAAUGUUAUUCAUCAGUAAAUUAUAAUCAAAUCCUUACUUAAUUCAUGGCUUUUAUAAGAUAUAUUUAUCUUAAUCUCAGUUAUCCCCACUCCAAACAAACAGUUACAGUUUGAACAGGGGUUGCCAACGUCUCCGGUCAGUUGUUUGCAAGAGGGUAACCGUGACACAUCUGUUGACAUUCGGCCUGAAUUACAGGCUGCAUCCCCAGAGGUCAUCACUGCUUCACAUGAGUAAGUAGAUGCGCAUGGGAGUUUGACCUAUAGGCCUAGUGGAAUAAUUGUCGUUGGCCAGAGCAAAGAAAGAGCCCAGUUGUCUUUCGGUGAGCCGCCUAUUGCGUCAUAAAACAAUAGCUUGACCUAAAUGAUCAUUUUGACAAGGUGGUGCUCGGGGCAUGAAUCAUUGACAACUGUUUAGCGGAUUCCCAAGCGAUGGGCACAAUUCCAUUUUACGCAUUAACUCGAGGAAAUGAAAUAUUUCCAGAAGCGAAAUGCAAAGGGGUAGGAGAAGAGAAGGACUCACCUAUAAAACACUGGAACAUGGCCUGCAAUAGGUAUCCGUGGGGUGACAUCCUACGUAGGCUACAUCUGGACGACUUCGAAGACCAAAAUCAGCUGUGUUCUUGCUGCCGCUGAUUCCAUUUGACUUGUUGGGGAAUCGCACACUUUUAUAAGUCCAAAUAAGGAGGAUAUAUCUGCCACGAUAUGUUUAUAGAGGAACGUAUUUUAACGCUUUUCAAAAGGAACUGGCAGCACACCUUGACCUACUGGAGUGUGUUCUUCAGCUUUGGACUAUGUAUUGCCUUCUUGGGCCCCACCAUUCUAGAUCUACAAUGCCAAACACAGUCAACACUCCAGCAAAUUACCUGGGUGUUUUUCUCACAGCAAUUUUGCCUUCUUAUCGGCAGUUCCAUUGGGGGUGUUUUCAAGAAAACGCUUUUCAGUGCCCUGUGUGCACUCUUCGUGUCCUCCCUGAUGAUCUCGGUCAUUUUUGCCAUAAUCCCUUUCUGCUACAACGUGCUGAUCCUGGCCAUAGCCAUGGCCGUCACUGGCUUGGCAAUGGGGGUGAUUGACACCAUAGCAAAUAUCCAGCUAGUGUCCAUUUACCAGAAGGACUCUGCUGUCUUCCUCCAGGCUCUGCACUUCUUCAUCGGCUUCGGAGCCCUAGUGAGCCCCCUGAUCGCCGACCCCUUCCUGUCUGAGCGCUGUGGAAACCGCACCGGCGGAGAGGAGUCCCUGCACUUCCACAGGAGCUCCGUCUACAACAUACGGACCUUCAACACCUCCACCGCCACGCCUCCACUGGCACAUGAGGAGGAGUCCAUCGUCUCCUAUGCUUUCUGGAUCAUGGCUGUUAUUAAUCUGCCAGUCCCCAUCGCUGUGCUGGUGCUGAUGUACCUGGAGAAGCUGAUCCCCUGCUGCCCUGGAAGCAAGAGCCGCCUGCUGGACAAGGACGAGCUCUCCAUGGAGACGCAGGGAACGGAGGCAGCGCCUGCGCCCGAGCCUCAGCACCCGGCCCAGCAGGAGGACGACGUGGGAGGUCAUGGGGACCUCUUCAGCUGCUGCAGAAACGGUAACCUAAGUGGGCUGCCUCCGUCGUUUUUUGGGAUCCAUAUCUUGGGUGGAAUCGUGCUCUUCAUGACCGAUGGAAUAGUGGGGGCAUAUGCAGGUUUUGUGUACACGUAUGCCGUGGCCCCCCCGAUGUCCCUCACGCCGAAGACCGCGGGGUACCUGGCCAGCCUCUUCUGGGCAGCCAUCACAGCAGGCAGGCUGGUGUCCAUUCCUCUGGCCUACCGCUUCCAACCUGUGCGGCUUCUAAUGGUCAACCUGGCAGGAGUGAUCGUGACGGUGCUGCUGCUGCUCCUCCUCUACACCAGCAGCACGUUCCUGUUCGUGGGCACCUGCCUGCUGGGGUUGUUCCUCAGCAGCAUCUUCCCCUGCAUGCUGGCCUACACCGAGGACGUGCUGGAGUAUCAGGGUUGUGCCACUACAGUUCUGGUAACAAGUGCAGGAUUGGGAGAGAUGGUUCUUCAGGUGGUGGUUGGAUCGAUUAUCCAUACAGCCGGCAGCUACAGCUUCUUAUUGUGUGGGAUGAUCAUCGGCUGUAUUGGCUUCAUAGUCUUCUUUGCUCUGCUGCUAUGCCAUCGCCUGCACAGAAACUACCUUACUGGGACGUCUAAAAAAACGGCAAUGGUAGAGGAGCCUUCAUCAGAAAAGAAUGAAGAAAGGACAUAACAGCAAAAUGACCACUGCUAAACCUAGCUGAAGGAUCAAAAUACAAUGCCAUUGCUUAAUACUACAGCAAAUAUUUUUCUUAACAGAUUUUGUUUUUAAAAGGGUUUUGUGUCCACAAGUGAUAUGCAUUAUUAAUGUAAGUUAUAUUCUGUCCAUGUGCUUUUUGUUUGUGUGUGUGUGUGUGUUACUGUUCUGUUGAGCGCAUCUUUUCUAAACCAAAUGUUAAUUAAAAUAUCCAUUACAAUGUCACAACAUUGUCAUAUCUUAAUGUAAAAUCAUAGUUCAAAUAAUGUCAUACGAGGUGAACGAUCCUGCGCAGUUGAGCUACCUCCCCACCACUCUCUCUGAGUCCCAGAGCCACUAGCACUGCGGAGAAGCGGAACCCUGAGUCCCAGAGCCACUAACGCUGGGGAAGAGCGGAACCCCUGGACCAGCAUGGAGGAUCGUCAGACUCAAGCAGACACAUAAGGCC